AUGCACUGGCUAUGGAAAAUUCCAAGAUAUUGUACCCUUUGGGGUACUCAGAUGUCCAUUCGUACAUUCCAAAUUAAUAGCAAGAAACUAACACCCAUACCGUGGGGCAACCAGGAAGAAGUACCUGCCAAGUUCAACUUCGCUAGUGAUGUGAUAGACCACUGGGCCAACAUGGAGAAGACUGGCAAGAGACCUCCCCGCCCAGCCCUGUGGUGGGUGAGUGGCAGCGGGGAAGAGCUGAAGUGGAACUUCCGAGAACUGAGUGAACUCAGCCAACAGGCAGCCAAUGUCCUCUCAGGGGCCUGUGGCCUACAGCGUGGGGACCGAGUGGCGGUGGUACUUUCCCAAGUCCCAGAGUGGUGGCUGGUAACCCUGGGCUGCAUACGGACUGGCCUUGUCUUCAUGCCUGGAACCAUCCAGAUGAAAUCCACGGACAUACUCUAUAGGUUGCAGUCAUCCAAUGCCAGGGCCAUUGUGGUUGGCGAUGAAGUGGCCCAGGAAGUGGACACAGUGACCCCUGACUGCCCUUUUCUGAAAAUCAAGUUGCUGGUGUCUGAAAAAAGGCGAGAAGGAUGGCUGAACUUCAAGGCACUGCUGAAGGAUGCAUCCAGCACUCAUCGCUGUGUGGAGACUGGAAGCCAUGAACCAGCUGCCAUCUACUUCACUAGUGGAACCAGUGGCCCUCCCAAGAUGGCGGAGCACUCCCAUUCCAGCCUGGGCAUCAAGGCCAAGAUAGACGCUGACUCCUGGACAGGCAUGGAUGUCUCUGACACAGUAUGGACCAUCUCAGACACGGGUUGGAUAGUGAACAUUAUAGCUGCAUUUCUGGAACCCUGGACACUGGGAGCAUGCACGUUUAUCUAUUUUUUGCCAAAGUUUGAUGCACAGACUGUUCUAAAGGUGCUGUCCAGCUAUCCCAUCAACAGCAUGGUGGGUGCCCCCCUCAUCUACCGGAUGUUGCUGCAACAGGAUCUUUCCAGUUACAAGUUCCCACAUCUGCAUAGUUGCUUCACUGGAGGUGAGAGCCUUCUCUCAGAGACUCUGGAGGACUGGAAAGCCAAGACAGGCCUGGACAUCCGAGAAUUCUACGGCCAGACAGAAACGGGAAUCACCUGCAGAGUUUCCAGGACAAUGAAGGUCAAACCAGGCUCCCUCGGAACAGCCAUUACCAAUUAUGAUGUACAGGUCAUAGAUGAACAUGGAAACGUUCUGCCCCCUGGCAAGGAAGGAGACAUAGCCAUCAGGGUGAAGCCCAUCCGGCCAGUAGGCAUCUUCUCUGGAUACGUGAACAAUCCCAAGAAGACAGAAGCCAAUAUACGGGGAGACUUUUGGCUCCUGGGAGACCGGGGAAUCAAGGACCCAGAAGGGUAUUUCUACUUCAUAGCGCGGACAGACGAUAUCAUUAAUUCCAGUGGGAUGUACUUUCGCAGGUACCGUAUUGGACCAUCAGAGGUAGAGAACGCAUUGAUGGAGCAUCCUGCCGUGGCCGAGACAGCUGUGAUCAGCAGUCCGGACCCUUCCAGAGGAGAGGUGGUAAAGGCAUUUGUGGUCCUUGCCCCUGAGUUCCUGUCCCAUGACCCAGACCAGCUCACCAAGUUGCUGCAGCAGCACGUGAAGUCAGUGACAGCACCCUACAAGUACCCCAGGAAGGUGGAGUUUGUCUCGAACCUGCCCAAGACCAUCACAGGGAAAAUCAAUCGAGCAAAGCUCCGAACUGAAGAAUGGAAAACAUCAAGACAAGGCCAGGCCCAGUGAGACUCCCAAGGCCCUCACUGGGGUUCUGUCUUCCCCAUUCUUUCCUGUGACUUUUCAGCCUUCCUAUAGAGACAAAAGAUUACUCACACAGAGGUGCGUGUGUGAUUUCUGUCUUUGUUGAGUUAUUAACACAGAACAAUGACAUGUGGGAUGCUAA